CCACAGACACCGCAAGUGACACUCACGUUCUUGCUCGUAUCUGGCCGCCGAAAGUCUCAGUCGUUCGAUCCAGCGACAACGGUUGGCAGAGUGAAAGAGCUGGUAUGGAACACGUGGCCUACACCCUGGCCAGAAGAGCGUCCCCCUGCCCCUUCAUAUUUCCGUAUUCUGUACCUGGGAAAGAUACUACAGGAUGAAGAAACAUUGAUGAGUGUUGGAUUCCCCACAUCUCUAUCGUCUUCCUCGCCUCAUGCCCUGCCCACGAUAGUCCACCUUUCAAUUCGCCCCUACGCCAUUCCCUCAGAAGAUCUUGCCCUGAGCAAAAAGGCACGCCUCGCAUCGGCAUUCUCACGAAGGGGCAGCUCAGGUCACACGGACCUUGGGCGCCGACGAUGCAGAUAG